AUGGCAGCACCAGGAGGAGGCGGCGCCUACUCCUUCUCCCUCACGACCUUCUCGCCCUCGGGCAAGCUCGUGCAGAUCGAGCACGCCCUCGCGGCCGUUGCUGGCGGCACUACCUCGCUCGGCAUCAAGGCAACAAACGGCGUCGUCCUCGCAACCGAGAAGAAGGACGUCUCUUCACUCAUCGACGCGUCCGUCAUCGAGAAGGUGGCGCCGAUCUGCCCCAACAUUGGCAUCGUGUAUUCUGGUAUGGGGCCCGACUUCCGUGUGCUCGUCGCCAAGGCGCGCAAGAUUGCGCAGGCCUACUGGAAGGUGUACGGCGAGUACCCUCCUACCAAAGUGCUCGUGCAGGAGGUUGCGGCGGUGAUGCAGAAGGCGACGCAGUCGGGUGGUGUCCGUCCGUACGGUAUCUCCCUGCUUAUUGCUGGGUGGGACGCACACCGUGGACAGUCGCUGUACCAGGUCGACCCGUCGGGGUCUUACUGGGCAUGGAAGGCGAGCGCGAUCGGGAAGAACAUGGUCAACGGCAAGACGUUCCUUGAGAAGCGCUACAACGACGACUUGUCGCUCGAGGACGCAAUCCACACCGCCCUCCUCACACUCAAGGAGGGAUUUGAGGGACAGAUGACGGCUGAGACGAUCGAGAUUGGUAUCGUCACCGUCCCCACGCCUGAGCAGCAGGUCGCCCCGAGCGGCGAGCGCGCGCCGCCCACGUUCCGCAAACUCACCGAGCAGGAGGUGCGCGACUACCUCUCACUGUAG